AGGAAGAGCGGCUGAGAGGAGGGGGAUACGAGACAGCGACCGGAUGCGCAAGGCUGUCCAGCGGCAUGUGCUAUCGUUCAUGGGCACUCGGUGUGGGGUUGUCACGUGUGUGAUCGGCACUCUGCUGACAGUCAACACGGUGCUGGUGCUUGCGGCCAUGCUCGCGGCGCAGUGGUCAGGCACCGGCACGGCCUCCCCACCGCCGUCUUUCUUCUCGCUCUUUGCGUCGAUGCUCGGCCUCGGCUGGGCCGCGCCAGCGUCGUCGAGCAACCUACCGCUGGCCUCAUGCUCCUCGGUUCUCACCGAUAAUCUUGCCGGCAAAUCAUUUGAGCACGCGCUCUGCUCGCCCAUUCCCAUCGACAUUGUCUACACCUGGGUCAACGGCUCGGACACCAAGCUGCUUGACGAUCUGGCCCACUACAAGGCCUUGUUUGCCGAGAUGUACCCCGAAGCCGCGGCAGCCGAGGCCGAGGAGGCUGAAGCCUUGGCAGCCGCCGAGGCCGAGGCUGCGGCCGAGGCGGCAGCCUUGGCGGCCGCGGCCGUCAACGGGACUGGCAGCGGCAACGCGACUGAGGUCAAGGCCGCCGGCGCCUCGCGGUUCCGUGACAACAAUGAGCUCAUGUACUCGCUGCGGUCGAUCGAGAAGUUUGCGCCGUGGAUCCGCCGCAUCUUUAUCGUCACCAACGGGCAGGUCCCGUCGUGGCUCAACAUCGAUCACCCCCGCAUCGAUGUCAUUCCGCACGAGGACAUCUUCCCCGACCCGUCGCACCUGCCGACCUUUUCGUCGCCGGCCAUCGAGGUCCAUCUCCACCGAAUCCCGGGCCUCUCGGACAAGUUCAUUUACUUCAACGACGACGUCAUGUUCGGAUCCGAGGUCUGGCCCGAUGACUUUGUGACUCAUGCCAAUGGGCAAAAGGUGUACCUAGCGUGGGCAGUGCCGAAUUGCAACGAGGGCUGUCCGGCGUCGUGGAUCAACGACGGCGUGUGUGACACGGCAUGCAACGUCUCGGCAUGUGACUGGGACGGAAUGGACUGCGUCAACGUCACCUCGACUUCGCGCUACUCGUCAUGGUGGUCCGGCUCGUCGUGGUCUUCAUCGUCGUCGUCGGCUGCCCGCUACUCGAGCUACUGCGCACCCGGGUGCCCGGACUCGUGGAUCGGUGACCGCUACUGCGACAAGGCGUGCACCAACGAGGCGUGCGGCUGGGAUGCGACCGAUUGCGGCGUCGACCGCAUGGUCAACGAGGGCAUGUUUGGCGUCGAGGCUACCGACGCUUCUGCCUUUCCACUCACUGUCCCGCCACACACUCCGGCCAUGUUUGUCAACCUGACUUUGCUCUUUGGCCAUGACGGCCACGUCGACGAGGGCUCGCAUGACAACUCGGACAUGGUCCGCACUGCCACCAUUUCGCAGCGCAACAAGAUCAUGACGCUCACUUUCCACCGCGACGUCAACACCACUGGCGUGACCCUGUUUGUCGCCGGCAAGGCUGCCGACGGCUCGACUGUUGCCGCCACCCUCAACAUCACUGUCUCUACCGGGCCCGACACCCUGCCUGCUGCUGAUGUCGCGACAGCCAGCGACGACGCAAGCGUAGCUGUCGACGCCGGCUCUGCGCCAGCGCCGAGCCACAGCACCGACGAUGGGGCGUUGGGCGACGAGGCCGAGCCGGGCUCUGCGCCGGCACCCGACCAGGGCGCCGACGGGGGGCGUUGGACGACGAAGCGCGGCGAAGCGGAUCCACCGAGCUCGGUGCCAGCCUCUGAUGGCGGCAGCGACGCGAAGGCCGUGGACGACGCAUCGGAUCAUGACGCGUCGGGACACGACCUGAGGCGGCGACUGUUGGCAGCGCCGACAAACCAAGACGGCGGUGCCAACAAAGAGCCGAACGUGCUCUCCAACGCGCUGGCGAGAGUGGGUGCGUGGGUUGAAGCAGCCGGCGGCGGCGCCAGCAGCAGCGGCGGCGAGCCGCGACUUCCGCCGUUGCACAACAAUCGUCUUGUGCCCCGCGGACAACCAAGGAGCCGGCCGCACAUCAAGGCUGCCAUCGCACCGUCGGAUGUUCUGUUUGGCGACGAGGCCGAGGCUGAGGAGAACGACGCCGACCUGGUGACUCGCAUCGAAGCUGUCAAGGCCAAGUACGCGGCGUGGGAGGCUGAGCAGGCUCAGCUACGGGACAAGUACGGUGACGAGGUCUAUGAGUCGGCAGUCGAGCUGGCGACGUCGAUGUGGAGCUCGGAGCGGUCGUUUCUGCCGUGGGAGCGCCGCGAGUCGAUGCUCCGGUCGGCGUGGCGGGCGGCGGCGAUGGGCGUGCCAGACGAGGCGGCCUCUGCCAGCAGCGCCAGCUCGUCGGUGCUGCGGCGGCACCUGACAGACGUCUUUGGCGACUCGCUCAAGUUUGUCAACAGGCUCUUCAACGCGCGGUUUGGCAUGGCGGCACGCAAGGUGCCUGCACACAUGCCGCACAUGAUCGACCGCAACAUCAUGGAGCGGCUGCAGAGCCUGUUCCCGGACGAGUACGAUGCGACGUCGUCGCACAAGCUGCGGAUGGGAACCGACAUGCAGAUGGCGUUUUCGUACUUUUACUUUCUCAUGGAGGAGAAGCGCGAGUUUGAGCUCGAGCAAUACUUUCACGAGCACAUUGACGUCGAUGCCGACGGCUACAUGUCAGACAACGAGCUGCGGACACUUGCUGCGCGGAUUUACGAGCUCCCACUCGACUACGGCCAGCUCGGAGAGCUGCAUCAAGCCAUGGAAGAGGCAUACGAGGUGGUCCAUGGCGUGCCAGUGGGCGAGACCGGCCCGGAGCUCGGGUUCGAUCUCCAGGUGCUCUCGGCGGCGCCUGCAGUUGUCGACCGCAUCAUGGACCACAUUGGCGAGCUUCUGCAGAACCGGUUCGAGAUCAAGGAUACCGACGACGUGGCGUUCCAGAUGAUCGGCGACAACGAGACCGAUGUCAACCGGGCGCUCGACGGCAUCCGGCGCAACCGCCACAAGUUUGUCUGCCUCAACGACAACAUGGACGACGAUUCAGCGAACCCGCUUGUUGUGCAGGCUCUGCAAGACUUUUACAACUCGGUCGUCCCCUUCCCCUCGCAGUUUGAGCACCCUCCCGGCGUCCGCAACCGCUACCUGUACAUCCAAGAGUAUCGGGCCGAAGCUGAGCGGUCACGCCAGGCGCGGAUGCUCGGCGUCGGGCUCGCUGUCCUUGUUGUUGCCGUCUGGGUCUGGCUCAACUACUGCACCGGUGACGACGCACUCUCGCGCAACAAGCGCCGCCGCGCGCUGGCAAAGUCCAAGCAGAUGCUGGACGUUUAACGCUGUAAAUCCCUCACCAGAGUU